AAAGCAAAUAAAUAUAUAUCUUAAUACAUUCGACCAUUUCUUAAGUUGACGUUAUACCGGCCGAUGCUGUGAUUGAGAAAUACGAUAUCAAGAAAAAGAAAAAAGUCGACGUUAUAACAAAAUACUUAUACGCUGGAUAAAAGUGAACUAUUAAAAAAGAUCGUUUUGAAACAGGCAUAUCAUAUACGCUUUACGAGGCAUACCACAUUCAUAGAUGCUAUUGAAGAGGCUCGAGUGACAUUGUAAAUUUUGAUUCUUUUAAAUUUUUAAAUACAAAAAGUUAAGGUGCAUUGACGAUUAGUUUUUCAUCAGAUAAAAUAUGGACGUCAUAAUGAAUGAUUUUAAAAUUAUUAUGAACGAUGAAAAGGAAUACUGUUUGAAAUUUAUUGCUAGUGAAAUAAUGGAUGAAUAUGAUUCUUUAUUUCAAAACUUUAAAAAAGAAUUUAUUAAUGAAAAAGAAUUAGAAAAUUUAUUUGAAAAUCGAAAAGAUGAUGAGAAUGUUCGUAGAUUUAAAAAAAAAAUAUCCUUAUUAAAACGAUAUAAAUGGAUAAAUGACGUUGAUUCUUUGAUAAAAGAACGUGACAGUGAUAUAAAAAUAAACAAAAUAUUUAUUCAGAUUUGGGACUCAUUAAAAAUCCGAAAAUACAUAACUAUUAGUAAUGAUUUAUUAGAAUUUAUUGGAUUUUCUAUAGAUGGUAAUACUGAUAAUCAUACUCAUCUGGAUGGUAUUCCUCGAAAACGUUCUAAAAAAGAUAUUAAGUCCGAAUAUGUUAAAUUCUUACAAGAUAAUAAAAUAGAUUUUAAAAAUGAGGCAACGACUAGUACUAAUGAACCAAAGAUUUAUUUAGCAAUUCUUGACUUUAGAAAAUCUGUCCAAAAGCUCAAUAAUAACAAAAAAUCGGAAAUUAUAACAUAUUUAUCAGAAAUAGAAUCAUUAUUCAAUUAUCAAAAACUCGCAAAAUUAGAGGCAGAUAAUAAAAAAUUAGCAGAGGAUAACAAAGUCAAAGAGAGACAAGUGAAAAGUAUGAAAAAUGUUAUAGGGAACAUUAAAGUGAAUUGUAAAGACGGUUAUAUUUAUAUUGCAACAUCAGAUAGAUAUGCUUUGGAAAAUAAAUUUAAAGUAGGAAGGACCGAUCAACCAAAAAAACGUUUAGCUACCUAUAACAGUGGAAGAUCUAAAGAUGAUCUCUUUUAUUAUUGCUUUUGUGAACCAACUUACGGUGUGAAAAAUGUUGAAAAUAUGAUUCUUGAUUUACUAAAAUCUGUCAAGGAACAACAUGAAAAAGAAAUGUUUAUUAUCCAUCAUACCUGGUUAAUACAAAUAAUUAAAGAUUUGCUUAACAACAUUGGAAAAAGUUAUGAAUAUUUUAAUGAAUUGGUCCAAAAGAAAUUAUUAAAAAUGUAUAGUCUUAGACCUAGCAUUCCCGUAAAAUUAGAUGCUUCAACAAUAGAAUCAAUUGAGAAUUAUAACUUGAAGGAAACUAUUGUUAAUAUUUUAGACAAUUACAUAGAAACGUCAAACUUGAAUUUGACGAAAAAAACAUUUUUACAAGACGUAAAAAGUAAAUUAAGCGUUAAUAUUGUAAAAACAAACAUAUGGAGCUAUUUUAAAAAAAAUUUUAAAUGGGAAUCAAAAGGAAAGGUUCUUUCAUAUAAGAAACAAAAGAUCACAAUAACGAUCGUUGAAAAAUACCGAAAUGAAGAAAACGAAAUAAAUUGAAUAACUUGUUACAAUGCAUGCACGCAAAAAAAAACUAUUUCAAAUGAAAUAGUUAAAAAAGCUUCAAUUUAUUUAAUGCAAAAUCUUUAUAAUAUUAAAAUGAAAUCCUUUUUCAUCUUUUUGAAUCGAUUCUCAUCAUUUUAAAACGCUUUUUAUA